AUGACUGAAAAGAAAGGAGAGUCAUUGUAGGAUUAAAUGAAAAGUCUUCAAGGUGAAAUUAAUAGGCUUCAUUCUGAAAUAGAUUCAAAGAAGAGAGAGAUUACCAAAUUAAAAAAUGAUAAUACUUUAAGAUUAGAAAAAAUAAAUUGGGUUUAAGUAUAUAUCUAAUAAUUAAUAGAUAGGAAAAAGUAAGGAAAAUGUAGAGAGAAAAAAAGGUACUUGAAUUGAAUGAUUAAACAUUAAGUGUAGGACAUGCUACUGUUAAACAUUCAACAACUACAAAAGAAGUUUAACCUUAAACUGAGAUAUAAAAACCUCCUUAGUAAGAGAUUUAAUUAGAGAAAAUGUAAAUGUUAGAAUUUUUUAACUAAUAUUUGGAUUAAACGAAUAAAUAGAUGGUUAAGUUUUAAGGGAAUAGAAAAAAAAAUGGAGAAAAAGAUGAGUAUAUUAAUCCUUAUCCUACUAUUAAUAUAAAAUACACUAUUGAAGGUAUUGAAUAAGGUGAAAGUUCAUCAUUUCGUUUAGACUCAGCAACAACAUUCUAAAAUUUAAAAGAACUGGCAUUUUAUUAUUGGAAUUUGGCUCCAUAUUUAAGAAAAUUUGAUGAAAAGGAUAGUGAAAUUAUGGAUGAUUUAGAAUUAACAGAUGAAAACCAUUCUAGAAUAGAAUUAAAAGAGAAAGUUAUAGAAUUUUUUACAAAUAGGGGAAUCUCUAAUAUUACUUAGAUUACAUUAUUACUUUAAAAAAAAAAAACAGUGAAACCUGCAUUAAAUAGUUUAUAAAUAGAAAGUAUAAAAAUAAAUGGUGGUAAUAAAACUGCCAGUUAUUAAGGAGCAUUUACUGUACAUAAAAAUAGAAUAAAAGCUAUUGAUACAUAUAAUCUAUUUUUUGAAAAGUUCCCAGGAUUAAAAUAUUAUAUUAGUGAAUUAUAAAUUUAAAAAGAAUUUCUAGAGCAAUAGAAAGAAUUAGAAAAAGCUAAUGUUGAUAAAACAAAAGAAGAGAAAUUUGAUUUAGAUGAUAUGAAUUGCCUAAUUUUGAGUUCUAUUAUAGUCAUCUUAGUAUUAACUUUACUUAGCUAUACAGCUUAUUUAAGUCCUUAAUUUGUAAAUUUAAAUUUUACAUUCAUUAAUAAUUUAAUAGGAAUUACUCCAAAUGGAGAAUACAAUAAGAUUACUUCAAUUCCUGAACUUUAUUAUUAUAUGGAAAACUUCUUGGGAGCAACAAUGUAUAAUUCUGAUAAAGGAGACAAUCCAUUUCGGUCUAAUUAUGAGAUAAUAGGAGGCAUUUAAUUAAGAAUUCUUAGAAGUGAUUUAUAUGAAUGUGAAAAAUAUGUUAAUGAAUUACAAAGAUUUAGUUGUUUUGAUGUAGUCUAUGAUUCUAAUAAAGCAAAUAAAUCAGAUUUCCUAAAUUAUACAUAUUAAACAGCAGAAGAUUUAGGAAUCAAAUAUUUCCAAAAAGGAAAUCUAACUACUUACACUGAUGGAGGAUAUGUAGUUGAAUUUAAUAGAGAUAUCACAACAGAAGCAUUUUUAGAGAAAAUAAACAAUUUAAGAAAAGAAUAAUUUUUAGAUGCUACUACUGCUGUUAUCUUUAUUCAUUUUGUUAUUUACAACCCUAGUAUCAAUUUAUGGAUAUAAGCUAAUUUUCUAUUAGAAAGAAAUGCUUAAAAUAAAUUAACACCUUAUAGAGCAGAAUUAACAGGAUUUAUACCUAAUGUAUAUUAUGGAGAUGAUGGUUAACGUUUAUUUUAAAUUGAUAUAACAAAAUUGAUAAUGGCUAGUAUAUUAUUAGCUUUUGUUGCAUAUAGAUUUUAUAAGAUUAAAAUUAAUACUGGUAAAUUAGGACCUGCAUUUUUAUAUGUAACUAUGGAAAUAGGAUUCUUUAAUUGUGGAGUAGGAAUUUUAACAAUUAUUUCAGUGGCAAUGUCAUUAUAAUAAUCACUACAAGGUUAAGAUCCUUAAGAUCUAGUUAAUUAAUCAGAUUUUGUGGUAAAUGAUUUAAACUAAUUUAAUAGCAUUUAGAAUUAGAGGCAGAUUUAUAUAAAAAGGCAGAAUUAUUCUUAACAAUUAGUAUAAUGUUUUUGUUUUUAAGAUUAUCUUAUGUUUUAAAAUUAAAUGAUAGAGUAGCUAUUAUCUUUUUAACAUAUAGUAAAAGUUUUAAAGAAUUGUUACCUUUUUUGGCUAUAGAAUUUCCUUUAUUUUUAGGAUUUGUUAUGGUCUUUUAAAUUAUUUAUGGAAAUGUAUUUCCUUAAUAUUCUUCAUUUACUUUAGCAAUUGCUAGUUAACUAACUAUGGUAUAUUAUGUUAUUUAAUCUUAGAUUUAAGGAUAAUUAAAUAUCACCUAAUUUGUAAACUAUUCUCCAAUAGUUUCAAUGAUAGUAAUUCUAUUUUACUAUUUCUUUAUGUUAUUCUUUAUUAUAUCAUUAUUCCAAGCAAUUUUGAUAGAAUGCUUUAGAAUAGUUAUUAUGAAAAAUGGAUAUCCUUAGGAUAAAGACUAAGGACUGUCAAUAGGAGACUUAUUUAAUUGGAUGUUUUCUUGGACAUAGCUAUUUAUUAGUAAAAAGAAUACUACAGAAGAAAAAUAAAAUGUUUAAUAGCAAAACAAGCCUCCUGUAGAUUAAGAAGAGAAGUAGGGAAUAAAUUCUGCAACAGAAAAUUGAA